AUGUGGCUACACAAAUUGAAAACUGCAUAUCAACCUGUCUUUGGGAGCGAUGCCGAAUCGGAGGCACAGUCACUAGCUGAAGCGGAAGCUAGAAAGUUCGAGGAAGAUGGUCAUCUGGACACAACCAGUAGAAACUGGGUCAAGACAAUUCGGAAUGCCAUCAUCGCCAUUGCUGGACUCCUCUGCUUUUGGAUCUUGGGGGUUACUGCAUGGCGAACUACUCUUCACGCACGCCCAGCACCCGUACGAUACGAGCAGAUUACACUGGAAUGCGGUAAUACUACGGCCGAAGCUCAAGCACGUGGCUGUGGCUUUGACUUGCUAUCCCACAACUGGGUUCCCCCACCUUGCAUGGACACUUUGACUGAGUCGGAGUAUCGUGCCUACGUUAGCAGUCCGGAACGCAUACUUGGACCGUAUCCAUACUUCCUUGAUCAAGAGGGAAAGCAACGCAUUCCGGAUGAACACGCAUUUUCCAUGUUGGCGAACGGCCCGACACUUGCUGACCAGCACGUUUAUACCACCAGAGAAGAGCACCUUGCGCACUGUAAUUUCCUUCUUCGACGUACGCACCGAGCAGCACAGCGUCUCGUUCAAUUGAACGACGAAAAUGCGGCAUUUUGGCAUACCGAACACUGUCUUGGGGAGCUCAGACACGCGAACAAAAAGCCGCUUGAUCAACUCAAUGAGGGUUUCUACGUUGGUUAUUCUCCCUGUACCAUCAAGAUACCUGUUUGA